CAGGUGCUAAGCAACGCUUGCUGUGCAGUGGCGGAAGGAAGAAACAGACACACGUAAACUUAGCAUUAUAAUUAUUGAAUAGUUUUUUCAGCUCUGCCUAAUGGUAAAAUUAAGAGCUCGAUGUGUUGUCGUGGGAGAUGCAGCUGUAGGCAAGAGCACACUGUGUCAGAUGUUCUGCAGUGAUGGGGCCGUCUAUCAGAAAAACUACACGAUGAAUGUUGGUGUGGAACUGCUGGAGAAGUCCAUAUCCAUUCCUAACACCAGUGAUAGUGUGGAGUUUUAUAUUUAUGAUUCAGCGGGGCGGGAGUUGUUUGCAGACGCCUGUGAGAACAUGUGGGGUCAGCCGUCAGUCAUGUGUGUGCUGUUUGACAUCACCAGCGAGACCUCGUUCACCAGCUGCAGUCGCUGGAUCCAGAGACUCCAAACUCACAGAAACAGACUACAGGUGCCAGGUGUGUUGGUGGGUAAUAAGUGCGAUCUGUCGUCCAGGAGAGAGGUGGAGAGCGCUUCUGCUCAAGCGUUUGCUCUGAGUCACGGCCUUGAGUAUCACGAGACAUCUGCUAAAGAGAUGGGACAGUAUGAAGCUCCGUUCAUCAGUUUGGCUAAAGCGUUUCACAGUCUCUAUCAGGAUCACAUCAACACCAUCCAGAGUUUCAUUUAAACGGCUCAUCUGUCAUGUACUAAUGUUUUAAACCGCAGACUGAAUGAAAUCAUGCAGAAUAUAGAUGACUAAAUAACUUGAUAAAGCAGCUGUCUGUAUUGUGUAUCAGACUCUUUCUUUGAUACCGUUGAAUGAAAUGCAUCAGUUGUCGUGACCCAUGUUUGUUAGCAGAGCAACUACAUUACCCAUAAUACCAAAUCAAUUCACUUAUUGUCACAUCAGAACCACGAGUCUACAAUGCUGAAAAUCUCCACAACAAUGCAGUGCAUCAUCCAUGUGAGAAUCAGUUUGACAGAAUAAAGCAGGGGUGCCCAAUA